UUUAGCUGCAAACUGUCACAGCGAUAACUCGUGUAAACCGCUACUAUUUGGGUCAUCAGGUUUUCAACACAGUUCAUAGGUCAGCAAAUAUGGCAGACGACAAAUCGGGGAGAAAUGUUCUCCUAGCAGCUUGUCUCCUUUUUCUGUACAUUCUCGACGUUCGCAUCUGUUUCUGUGAAGAAAAUGCAAACGAUGAAUUUGAAGAGUACCUCCUGUGCAGACAGUGUGGACUGGAGAUUGCCCGAGCCUCAGACUUGAACAAGAGGCCGAGUAAAGCAGCACACAGGCAGCGUAAUGAUACCAUCGCUGGGGUGGACGGGGUUCUUAUACAGCUCUUUAAAAAUCCACAAGAAACCUAUUUUGAAGUGAUAACUGCAGAAACAGCUAAUGUCCAACAACAUGGGCAGCCCUACAGACAGGACACGUGGUGGCCUGGCUUCUCCUGGAGGAUCAGUAUCUGUCCCCGCUGUGGCUUCCAUCUCGGCUGGUAUUAUGAGCCUUUCUCCCAGACAGCAGAAACAGAGGAACAGACAUUUGUUGGGCUGAUUCUGGACAACUUGCUAUACCAAAAAUAUGCUGACAAUCUACUUGUGGUUCCUAAGUCCUACAGGAGUUGAUGUCAUCUCUUUUGAAAAGCCUAGAAAGUCACAUGUGCACCAUGUAAUAUAUGCCUAACUUACAUUGAAAAUGGGCCUAAAUCCUAGUAGAAUUAUUUCAUUUUCAAAUGUACAUGAUGGAAGGUAGCAUUAGCUGGUCCCUUAUUUACUUUUUGUAAAUUUAUUGGGUCAUUUUGUCUUAAUUAACAUCUUGCCAUGACUUUUUCUAGUGCCUUAUGAUGAACCAACCAUAUCACUUGUACCAUGCAUGAUGGUAAAUAGACAAAGGACCAAUCAGAUUACCUGUACCAUACACAGACAAGAAGUAAAGACAACACGCAUUAAUUUCAGUUUGAACAUUUAGAUUUAAUGUCAGAGUUCACAAGUCCGUUGCACGAGUUACCGAGUCGUCUGUACAACCAAGUUAGUGGUGAACAUGUACACAAUAUAUUAUAGCAGCAAGCACCAACAAGACUCUCUUCUACAGUGUAUACAUACAGCAGACAUAUCCAGGGAACCCUGCUAUGUACAUGGCGGGUGGUGGGCUGUAUCCUCAAUGAUAUGACCAAAUACAUCCUCACAGCGCUUGACGUGUGUAGAUAUCAAGCAAUAACCCAACUGCACCAGCCUGGGAUCUGCUGUCCUUCUCUCUGUGUUAGAACAGGCCAACCAUCUCCAGCCAAUCACAGACCAGACAUCACCAGCCAAUCACAGGCCAGACAUCACCAGCCAAUCACAAUGCCACCUACUGAAAAGAGGCAAGGUGAUUGGCUGGUAACUUUGCCUCCAACAACAGGAGGGAGGGUAUCUGAUUGGCUGAUGGAUGCUCAGGGCUACCUCAGAGAGAAAUACAGAUCGUAAGCCAGAAUGCCAAAGCUGACGCUUGAUAUAGACAAUAGGUUGGCCUCGUGCAAGAGGAUGGACCAAAUUAAGCUGGAGGGUGUACGAAUAUAACAAGCUGGUUCAGGAACUGUUUUGAAUGUAGCCUGGAUGCAAUAAUAGUUCAUUUAUACUGGUAAACUAGCUAUGAUGGCACCCAGGCUAGGUUGAGUGAUGUGUCUGUACCAAAGAAUUGCCAUGGUAAUAAAAUUAGUAUAAAGUCAUAAAUCAUAACAGUUUACCAGUCACAUUUAGUGGGUAUGAUUAUAA